AUGACCGCAGACAACGGGGCUGGUGCAAGUGAUCGGCUACAACGGAAGCGACAGUCAAGUUCAGCAAAUGAGGCAUUAAUCGUCUAUCUCACGGGCACUAGGGCAUUGGACCUAGCAGGAGGUGUGAGGCGACAAGUCUGGAAUCGCGGGGUAAUCGCGCGCCUGACCGUGGGACCAGGUGUGGACGACUUCUGGACAAGUCACAACGAUGCGGAUUGGUGGAACCGUAGCGAGACCGAUGGCGACGGUGGAGUGGGCCCUGGAACAGGGCUGGGAAGGAUCCCGGAAGUUGGGAGCCUGAACACCGCCCUUUGGACGCGGCCUGAGAGCCUCGUGGAAAAGCUGAGACCCAGAAAAGAGAAGGGUGAAGGUUCGGCGCUAGAAGCCUUCCAGAAGGCCCAAAGAAGGGAGCCAUUCGUGGUUCAUGAAUCAGCAGUUGCUGCUUUGGGGUACAUCGGGUGGGGCUUCAUGCCGCUCCUUGUGCACGACUCCAUCGAACAAUCUCAGGGUAGCCCUGGGAGGCCUGAACCGAGACAGACCAAAAAGCCGCAGAACAACGGGCGAUCUGCCUCUCGAGUGACGCUCACGGGUGGGGCUAUGCUUCAGAGGACUUGUCCAUGGCCCAGUGAUGAUCCGCAGCAGGGACCCACUCAAGGUCGUGGCUCGGUGCCAGGUGGUCUGGUCGACCUGGUGAUCACUGAGCAGUCUCUCCAGGGGACUUGCACAGUUUUGUAUAUUCGUCUCGAGGCCGAGGAUGUGGAGCUCGAGCUCACAGCGUCAUCUUUCGCCGGCUCAUCGUGGACGACGAUCCACGAGACUGCAAGCCAUGACCAGACGGGGAGACGGGAAUGA